AUGACAGACUGUCCAGACCACCACGAUAACUACAUCCUCGCCACCAACCCCAUCACGAAGAACGUGGGUCUGAUCUCAGAGCACAUCCCGCUCAUUCGACCAUUCAAGCAUUCCGCCCGCCUGACACACAUCUCAAAGCGUAUCUUUGGGGAGCAGAAUACGGUGGUUGUGAGGAGCUUAGGUGAGACGAGCAAGAUCCUGGGCUGCUAUAAGUCAGAGAUUCGCCGUCUGUACCUGGUUUGGCAGCAUGUGGAGGAUGGUCUGAUUCCGCUUCCUCUCAUGAUAAAGGAGUAUCUCAAGGACUGCAGGAGGUUGGAGUGGCCGGCUGUGGCGUUUGAGCUGCCGGAGAAGCAGAAGAAGAUGAAGGCGAAGCAGUCAGCGGAGGUUAGAGAUGUGAUUGAGGCGCUGGAUAAGUUGAACGUGAAGAGGAAGUUCGGGAUGAUCAAGCAGAGCGGAGAAAGCCGGGGAUAG